AGUACAAGGUUUGAAGGGCAGUUCGAGAGUACAACUCGGGUCUGUGAUCUCUAUGCCUCUUCCAAACCAGCUCUGAGGCAUCUGAAGAUGCUGCAGGUCUCAAGUGAAAACUUGCUAGCUACCUUCCAUGAUGAUGCGACCAUGCGAUCUCCUCCCAAGACCUAAUCAAACUCGAUGCCGCAGAGACGAUCUUUGUUUUGUCGUGCUGGAAGGGGGGGUCGGGGACGCAUUCUGGCGCCGAACCUGGAAAACCCAGUUUACCACAUAGCUAAGGCAAGUAACAUAACAGAAACCCUAUGAUUAACCCUUUGAACAAUUGAAUUUUACUGUAGGUGUCCCAUUCUUUAUUAUAAAGCUACACUGUGUUGUUUUUAUAAUUAACAAUUCAGCUAUUUUCAACACAGAACUUCCCCAUGUGGUUUUGACUAGGGACGAGUGCCACCUUAGGACUUAUAUUUUUGCCAAAAAUGAUGAAAUGAGGUAACAAUCUAUAAAAUUAGAACACAUGCAAUAAUUGUUUUGGGUUUGAUCACAUAUCUACGGGAUUCUAAUAAAUCCCUAUGCAUGUUUGUUGUGUUUGUAAAGAAACUGAGAACUUAUUUAAGCAUUAUGAGCUCACUCUGCCUCGUGGAAAGUUCUUAUCCCUCAGGCCCGAUUUCAUGCUCCACUUUGAUGUCGUGAACACUGUUGCGAUGCUUUCCUCACUUCAAGCCAAAGCGAACCCUGUGCUGCGAUGCUGGUUCUUUCUGUCAACCUUUGCCACUGAGAUCUUGUUCCAAACUCCAAUGGAACAUAUAAUAGAGAGUUAUGUGAGACGCUGGAUGACACCAACUCAAGAACUUGAGCAUGUAUUUGUACCCAUUUGCAAACCACCUGAUACUUGGUACAUGCUCUUAUUGGAUGUAAAAAGAGCUUCUGUUUAUGCUCUUGAUGUUUGCACAACCAUAGAGUCCGAACCUAGGCGCGAGCGCAACAUACGCCUUAUAGUACGUAACUCAUAAGGCAUUUUGUUGACGAAAAAUUUAAUAACCAUGCAACUAUUUUUUUUUGUAAGUAAAAUGCUUUCUAUGGUGAUGGGAACUGCAGAUGGCUAGCCUCGGGAACAUUUUCAAACUUGAGCCGAAUAUGAUUAAUUUUCAACAUGUCUCACCAGAUCCAAACACCUGGAGACGUAUUAAUACCCCAUGAGCAUUCCCAGCAAGCUAUGCGUGUAAUUCAUUCUAUGUUGUCUCCC